CACUUUGUUGCAACACCAGUUUAGUCGUUGGCGGGAUUCCAACCCAUCCGGAUCGUGCUGCGUAACGUUUGUUAAAAAGGCGACCGUCCGACAACGUCCAGUACGUGAUACAAACAACCAGUGUGAAAGUCGUGUGUCAUCAGUUGUACUGCUGCUGCGGCCCGUUUGAUGCGUUGAUCCGGAAGCGAACGAAACCAUCAUUAUCAUAUCGUGCCAUAUCAUCGCUGUGGUUUAUCACCGCGUACAGAUCGGUCCAUAUCAAAGCCCUAAACCACGAGAUUGAUUAACCGGCAAACGGAAGCCGGUCCGUGUGUGUGUCGUCGUCGUCGCACCACGCAUUUUUCUGUCGUUUGCUCUGUGUUCCCUGUGAGCUGAUUGUCUCGUGGUGAUUUGUCAGUUGUUAACGUCUUCGGCCAAAGAACCGCGUUACAUUCGGAUUGCAUCAAACAUAAUAGUCAUUAAUUUAUUACAUUAACGCACGCCGACGGCCCUUGCCUUCUGGUUGGAAGCGUGGUCUGUAGCCCUUCUGACGGUUUAAAGCCAGUCAGAGCGUGGUAGGCUGUGAGCGGUAAAGGAUCCACCUAGCUACGGGCAGCCCUUAGGUUAGUGCGUCUGUGUUGUCUGAGAAAACAGUGAAGUGAACUUGUUCUGAAAGGCGCUGAAAGGCAAAUCCAUCGGCCGACAAGUAGCAACAUCAGGCCGAAGCAACACCGCAGCCAGUACACCAGCACGAAAAUGAGUUCAAAAGCAUUACCAAAUCUAUUUAUGCUAUCAGCGGCAGUUAUUGUGGUGCUGGCGGCGUUAGUGAUCGUCGGACCGCAGCCGGCCGCCGCCAACGACAGUCAGAAUAUUAACCGGCUGCUUAACAAUCAGGUGAUUGUUAGUCGGCAGAUCAUGUGCGUGCUGGAGAAGAGCCCCUGCGACCAGCUCGGCCGACAGCUGAAAGCCGCCCUGCCGGAAGUGAUACAGCGCAACUGCCGGAACUGUUCACCCCAGCAGGCCCAAAACGCUCAAAAGCUGACGAACUUCCUGCAGACCCGCUACCCGGAGGUGUGGGCAAUGCUGAUACGCAAGUACGGUGCCGUUUAAGCUGCUGAAGCUGCUGUGAAGGAACCGUGUGGAGCACAUGGCAGCAAAGGAGGAGAGCAGCAGGCAAAUGUUCGCCAUAAUUUCACCACACCAUCGUCGUCGUCGUCGUCGUCGUCGUCGUCAGCAUCUUAUCGUCUACCUUCCGUCAGUGGGAACGGAACCGAGUUUCACCGUGUCUGGAACUGAGCCGCCAGUCCCAAUAAAAGCGUAUUACUCCAACGGGGAGCCACCUCGUACCACUCAACAACUCCGAGCCUUCUUCCUCCGUCUAUCUCUGUGGCAUGCUUAUUGCCAUCCAAGCAUGCCAUAGCUUAACGCGCCACCCAAAGGUAGCGCUGCUGAUGGACGGUUUUUAUUUCCAUGCUUGCUUUCCCGGAUGACAGUCACUGACACUGACUGGCACUGGCACGGGCUGGCGGGAUGGAAUUUAAAGUAACAACAACAGCAGCAGCAGCAGCAAAAAAGUCAUAUCAUUUCGAUUUCACACUUGUUUACACAUCGCGCGCUUUAUGCGGAAACGUCUGCAGCGCGUGCAUAUUGUAAAUCGAGCGCUAUAUUUAUCGCGCAUAAAAGCGUACACCCGAUUCAAGACGAGGCUUUUGCUCAUUUGCUGACACACUUUUUGGUUUUCUUACUUUUCCUUUUCCCUCAUACUCUUGCUCUCACACACAAUCCUCACUUUAUUGAGUUUCACACAAUAUAAUUUACUUUACCAUCUCCUUGUGCGUUUCCGGCUUACGUUUAGCUUCUCGGUACGAGAAGCUGCUUGUUGUCGAGCUGUCGUCACCAUGGUGAUACGGUUUUGGCGCACCCGCCCGACGCUUGAAUGUUAUUCUUUUACAUCGCUCCCACUCCUCUGUUUUUGACAUCUGGCUACAUUUGUUUGUACGACGACAAACAGUACACCAGCAACAUGAUGCAUAAUCGGAUUAUGACUACUCUCUCUCUCUCUCUCUUUUGCGAGCAUGUCGGUAGUGUGUACGCCUCCUGACGACAGAGCCCUAUCGAGCGUGGGCGACUCUGGAAUGACGUUUGAUGAAAUGGCGGUUUUUCUUUGCUGACAUGGCACAAUACCAGUGGGCGAACUCAUUCAUAAUAAUAAUAUUAAACAAUACUAAUAAUAAUGCUAUGUGAUAGAACCAUCAUAUCCCCCUGUUGUCCCCAUAUCGUCCCCUGCGGAGCCAGAAAUGUCUCAGCAGUGACAGGUCCAGUUUUUGGCAUGUUAAAGUAAAAAAGAAAUAACAAAACAAAACAAAAUAUCAAUAAACUCCCGACACAAUGCUAACGAUAAAUAAUGGUUUGUUAACAAACGAAAUUGAUGAAUAAAAACAAAAACAGUCCCAUUAAACCCCUUUGAUAGAGUGCAAGAAGCUCCCGUCGUUACCAACCCUGGCCCUCCAUGUGAAUAUCAACAUGUCUCUUCUGUCUUAUCCCACUCGAGCAACGGUGUGUGAUCGCUCGUCUCAUCCGACAAAGACACAAAACAAAGGCAAGGAGGAUGUCAGCGUGUGUUGUUUCCCCCUUUUUUGGGUGGUAGGAAUUUUACAAGAAAGAGCGAUAAGGUGGUGUGGUAUAUCACUUUUAGUGUACAAUUGAAAAAGGGGUGUUUUGUUGGCACUGUAACUUUUAUUUAUACUCUCUAUAAUUUUCUCUAUAAUUGGACAGAGUUUCCCCUUAUGAAGUCUAACUUUUAUCUGCCUAUCCUAAAUCCUAUCCCGCUAUUUAUACUAAAAUUUCCCUAUCUAAUCCUAGCUUAAUUCAUUUACUUCCUAUGUAUCCUUAAUUCCGUCUUAUGCCUAAUUUCCUAUGCUACCUAUUCUAUCCUUAUCUUUUCGUAUUAGCUAUCCUAUUCUAACCUAUACUAACACGCUUCUACCAAUCACAACUAUUCCUAUAAAGAUAGCUUACUAUAAUUUCUGCUAUAUAGCUUACUAUAAUUAUAUUCAUUACGCCUAUGUGUAUGCGCCACACCUCCCCCCUUUAGAAAUGAAAAUCGUAUAGCAUAGAUUUUCAUCGUUUGACUAACCUAUUUUUAUGUACAGUACUUUCCUUUUUGCUGUAUUUGCUCACGAUUGUACAAUUUGGGUUUUGUAUUUUAGAAACAAUAUAUGGACCUAAAUAUAAAGGAUCUAGUUUUCUCCUGUUUUCGUUCUUUAAGUACACCUCAUCUCCUGGUUCAAUUAUUAGCGGGUUGAUGCUGCAGUUUGGAGCGAUGUGUCUUUUUUCUUUUUGCUCAAUUAAUUUCUUUCGCGCUACUUCGUUUGAUUUCUGUAGUUUGUACUUUAAUUCAUUGUAAUAAAGUUCGUGAUUAUACACAGGUUCUAUUUUGCCUGUCACCAUGUCUUGUGGGAGAUUUGCUUUUCUCCCAAAUAAUAGUUCAAAUGGCGUAUAGCCAGUAUCUGUAUGUGCUGUGGUGUUGUAAGUAAACUCAUAGAAUUUGACCCAGUUAUCCCAAUCAUCGCCAUGCUCGUUGGUAAAUGCUCUCAAAUAUUCGUUUAAAGUUCUAUGGUUCCGUUCUAAAGCGCCUAUUGUUUGUGGGUGAUAAGCAGUCGCAAACGUCUGUUUGAUCCCCAGUGCUUCUGCUACUUUUUUCAACACUUCGUUGUUGUAUUCUAGACCUUGAUCCGACCGCAUUUCUGCAAAUUUACCGUAUGUUAAAAUGACAUUCUCUAUGAGAGCUCUUGCUAUUGUGUUGGCCUCUUUAUUUCCUGUUGGUAUCAAGAUUACAUAUUUUGUGAGGUCACAUUGUACAGUAACAGCGUACCUGUUGUGCUUGGCUGUUUUUGGAAGAGGGCCCACUGUAUCUAUUGAAAUUAUUUCGAACGGCCUUAAGGGUGUCGUUGUUACUACUGGCUUCUCUAUUGUGUGUCGUGUUAUUUUGUUUAUCUUACACAUUUCGCAGUUUUUAACGAAGCCUUUUAUAUCUUCUUUCAUGUUUUUCCAUUUAUAUUUGUCUCUUAUUUUUAGAUAGAGGCGAUAUUGCCCAACAUGUCCUCCCGAAGGUAGCAUGUGAUAAUUGUGUAGAAUUUCUUCUAUUUCUUUUCUUGCUGUUAUCCACUUAGGUGGUACAAAUCCAAUAAUCUCGCAACCGAAAAUGGUUCUAUCUACGAUUUCCUUAAUGGUUUGAGGCGAGUAUUGAGUAAAAAUUUCGUCUUCCAUGGAGAUAGCUAAUUUGUCUCUAUUAAGCUUUUUUGCAUAAGUACAUAAUCUUAGAAGAGCAGCCUCGAAUGCCUGACUUCCAUUCUGGUUUAAUCUGAUUAUUGUACUUUCUAGUUCCUUGUUGUAGUUGUUGUUAAAAAGUGUUAUUUUAAUUGAAUCUUUAUUUAUUUUUGACUGAAUUUUUAAUAAUUUAUUAACCUCUGAUGGGUUCUCUGUGUUCCAAAAUGCUGGUUUGCCUAUCUUCUCGUUUGUGUCGUUUUGUGUUACAGGAUUUGUUUCCUCUCUAUUAGCUCUAGUCAUUGCCCUAGUCUUUACUACUAAAGCUUGAUUGUUGUUGGCCUCAUUAGUGCAUUCUUGCAAUGAUUUCAAUCGAUCAGAGGUUGUUACUAUUCUUGAGAGUGCGUCAGCCCCAACGUUAGUUUUACCGGCUACGAAUUCUACUUCAAAUUCAAACUCCUCAAGGUCCAAUCUCAUUCGUGUUAGUUUGGAGGUCGGAUUUUUCAUGUUGAACAGAAAAACUAGGGGUCUAUGGUCGGUACGAAUUUUAAAUUUUCGACCAUAGACAUAAGGUUUGAAAUAAUUGAUAGCCCAAUGUAUAGCUGUCAAUUCCUUUUCUAUGGUUGGCUUGUUUUUCUCACCCUUGGUAAAGCUUUUAGAAGCAAAUGCCACAGGAUGGUCAUUUCCUUCGCAUAUUUGCGAUAGUAUGGCCCCACAUGCCGUGUCCGACGCAUCAGUAGUGAUAAUGAAUUCUUUUGUAAAAUCAGGAUAUUUGAGAACCAUAGGUGAUAGAAGGUUGUUGCGAAGGGUAUCAAAAGCUUGUUGACAUUCGGACGACCAAUUGAAUAUUUUUCCCUUUUUUAACAAUUCGUUUAAAGGUUUCGCGAUUUCCGCAAAGUUACGAAUGAAUUUACGGUAGUAAUUGCAAAAAGCAACAAAUCUUCUAACUUCGUCUGAGUUAACUGGUUUGGGGUAAUUUUUAAUUGCUUCAAAUUUGGAUUCGUCAGGAUAUAUUCCCUUGUCUGUAAUUUUGUGCCCAAGGUAAGUAACUUCGGUUUGGAAGAAUUUACAUUUUUGAGGAUUUAAUUUAAGAUUAUAAUGCCGUAGUCUAUCAAAAACUUUCUUUAAAUUAUCAAGGUGGUGCUUAGUAGUGCAACCUGUUAUGAUUAUAUCAUCGAUGUAAACGAACGCGCUCUCAGGGGUUAACCCAGCCAUUGCUAUUGUAAUCAUGCGCUGAAAACUAUUUGGGCUCACGUUUAGUCCAAAGGGUAACCUUUUGAAUUGAUAGUGGCCUGUAGCGGUGGAAAACGCAGUAUACUUCCGCGAUUCUUUAUCCAAAGGUAUUUGGUGGAAACCUGACAUGAGAUCUAGUGUUGUGAAAUAUUUUGCCCUACCGAGUUGAUCUAAUAUUUCAUCGAUCCUGGGCAAUGGAAAUUUAUCUGGCAUUAUUUUUUUAUUUAAUUGCCGGUAAUCUACGACAAGUCUCCAUUUUUUCUCUGUCUCUGAUUUUUUCGGAACUAACAAUAUUGGGGAAUUAUAGGAUGAUACUGAAUGCUCGAUAAUAUCAUUUUUUAACAUUUUAUCGACUUGUUGUUUUAUUUCAUCUGAUUGGGAAUGAAUUUGUUUAUAAUUCGGAACGAAACACGGUAUGUUGUACGGCGAUUAACACCAUCCCCCGCACCACUUCCCGACGCGUGUACGUGUACGUGUGUGUGUAUGUUUAGGUUAGUUUGAAGUAAAAUAAAGAGGAUUGAAGAAAACCCGUGAAAACCCA